AUGGUGCGUGCGAAAAAGAUUGGCCUCGGCGAGUUCCUCGGCGACAAGGCCGCGGCCUACAUCCCCGAAGCGUCGCUGCCCUCUGGACCGCGCGCGCGCGCCGACGACGACACGGGCAACUUCCGAGGCGGCGGACGGGGCGGCGACCGCUACAGCAGCGACCGCUACGGCGACCGCAACGACCAGUCGCGCAGUGACCAGUCGGACCAGUGGCGCGGCGACCGCAGCAGCAGUCGCAUGGACGAGAGCAGCAGCGGCAACGGCGGUAGCAAUUGGAGAGGCGGCGGCGGUGGUGCGGCGGCGUCGUCGCGCUUCGAACGUCCGUCUCGGGACGCGUUCCAAGCAGAGGAGCGGCCGGCGCACAUGCGGUUGAAUUUGGCGCGACGGGGCGAAGCGUCGGGGGACGUGCGGGCCACGAGCAGCGGCAGCGGACGGCUGAGCUCGUUCCGAGAGGCCGGUGACAUGGCCAGUGCAGGUGGCGGCCGCUUCACGGGCGGGGGACGGGCUGCAGGUCGGUUUGCUGCGCGCGGCUCCGACGACGUGACGACGUCGUUGGGCGCUGUUCGGUUGGGAUCGAGACACGACGAGCCGGUGGCGAGGAAGACGGCCGCGACGCCGGAGCCAGAGCCGCUGUCGGAGAAGAAGCUGCGCGCGCAGCAGAAGCGGGAGGAGCGCAAGAAAAAGGCCGAAGAGGAGCGACUCGCGGCGGAAGAAGCCAAGCGCCAAGCGGCGGAAGCGAAGAAGCAGCAGGACGAAGAGCUGGCGCAGCAGGCGGAGAAGGACCGCGAGACGAUGCGACAAGUGCUGGCAAGCGGCAAGAAGGGUGAGGAGCUCGCGGCGGUGGCGCAGGAAGCGUUUGCAGCCAAUGGGCGACCAAGUGGGGCCAUGCUGUUUGAGAUGGUGACGGCGGCUGCCGAAGACGUCGCCAAGUCGAGCGCCAACUGGAUCGCUAUGCCUGCGUACGGAGAGCUGCUGAAGCUCGGCAUGGACGGAUCGGACAAGAAGGACCAGAUGCAGGCGCUGUACGCGUUGCAGAUCUUUUUGAACAAGUACGACUUUCCCACGGGCGUGCUGGAAAAGUGCUUUAUGGCGCUGUACAGUCUGGACAUCAUCGACGAAGCGGGCUUUUUGGAACACAAGUACGACGUCGACGGAGACGUGCCUGGACGCAUGAAGGCGAUUGUCCAGACGUCGGCGUGGCUCACGUGGCUCGAGACGCCGGAAGAGGAAAGCGAGGAGGAGGCGGACGAAUAG